GGACAACAGCGGAAAUAGAAAUAUCUGAGUUGUUCGUUUCCUAGUUGAUAUGGGUUGCCAUAAUGUGCUUUAAUGAAACGCCCGUAGGAAAGAACCGAACAACUCGCCAAGUUGCUGUUGCCCCCUGAUGCUUAACAGAUCUGUAAAUAGCUAAAUAGAGCAACGCUUAGCGCUGCGGAUUCUUACUGAACUUCUUCCAGUGCGGGUAGAACGCUGAGGGCAGUUGGACAGGAAAAAUGGCGGACGAGUUAUUUCAGGCUUCAACAUCACAGCUCUCCUUUGAGCGAUUCAUCAACACCAUCAACCAGGAGCAGGCCAAGGAUCUGGUCCGCAGCAUUAACGGGUUCAUGAAGGACUUCCGCAAGAGGCCUCCUGAGAGUGAAACGGACUCGCGGGAAGUCCAGGACUUCCUAACUUCCAUGGAGCAAGCUUUCGCGCGGCAUCCGCUGUGGGCCGGCAGCACGCGCGCUGAGCUGGACAAUGCCGUUGAGGGCCUGGAAAAGUACCUCAUGACUAAGCUGUACGACAGGACGUUUGCCGUGGAUCCGUUGGAUCGCGAGCGCGACGCGCUGCUGUCUCGGCGGUUGGCGGCGCUGGGCGGCUUUGUGGGCCCUGCGCAUCUGGAGGUCUCACCCGCGCUGCAGGGCCCGCUGGCAGCGGACGAGGGCGGUCAGGUGGAGGCGGCUCAGCGGGAGCUGCGCAAGAUGGGGCUGUACAAGAGCCCUCGAGACAAGCUGGUUCAGAUCCUGAACUGCUGCAAGAUCAUCAGCGCACUGCUGGCGAGCAAGCGGGCGGGAGCAGGCGCUGACGACUUCACGCCCACCCUCAUCUAUGUGGUCAUCCGGGCUCAACCCGAGGCACUGGCCUCCAACCUGGCCUUCAUCGAGCGCUACCGCCACGCACCCCGGCUGAGCGGAGAGGCCUCCUACUUCUUCGUGCAGAUGCAAGGCGCCGCCACCUUCCUGGAGACCCUCACCACCUCCUCCCUGGCGGGAUGCGACCCAGAUGAGUUCAUCGCUCACAUGCUGGCGGCGGGGGCCAUGAGCGAGCAGGAGCUGAGCAGCGAGCAGCUCGAGGCCCAGCGGCGGAUCUCAUUCGGAGCAGCAGCUGUCGUACUGCAGCAACAACAACAGCCUGUCGUACAAUCGCCGACUCCGCCAGUGUACGGCAACCCAAUGAUGCUGGUUCCGCCGCCGCCACCGCCACCGCAACAGCAGCCGCAACCAUCGAUCCAGCAACAGCAACAACAACAGCAACAGCUGCCAACGCCGCAACGGCAGCAACUGCCGAAUCCGCAACAGGCGUAUCGGGAGCAAGUCGUGUACGGCAUUAGUAAUGCGUUAACAUCGGCGGCGACGCCUCAGCCACCACCGCCGCCGCCACCGCCGCCACCAUCCCAGCAGCACCAACAGCAACAGCAACAGCAGUUGCCGUACUACGUACAAAUGGAAGGCGGAGGCAUUGGCCUUUACCAACCGCCGCCGCACCCACAGCACCAACCGCAGCAUGUGGCUAUGAUGCAGUACAACCCAGGAAUGCCGUACUAUGGGCAUGUCGUACAACACCAGCAGCAGCAGUACGGCGCAGGGGGUGUCGUACACGCUCCUGGUACGACAACGAUGCAGUACGGCCAGCCAUGGAUGUCGCAGGGAGUGCCCUUGGAGCCGCCACCGCCUCCACCGCCGCCGCCACCGCCUCCUGGGCCCCCCACCUCCGCCACGCCUUCUGCCGUACAACAACAGCAGCAGUAUCAGCAGCAUCAACCCUCCCGAGCUGCUGCUGCCGUACUGCCUCCUCCGCGGCCCCCCAAAUCGGUUUCGGAGCUGGAGGCGGAGGGUGUCCGGUUGGUCGUGCGUGCCGAGGCGGCUGGGGAGCUCCGCGCGCGCUACCGCUACCUGUACUGCACCCCCGAGUCGCUCACGCUGCGCGAUGUGUCGCAGCUGCUCGUGUCGUACAAAGAGCUCGUACUGCGGUACGAGACGCUGUCGCAGGCCGUUGAGAACAACGUCCUCAAGUACUUUUCAGAUCUCGAGGCCUACGAGGAAGGAAUGCUGCCCUUGCCGCCAAAUCGCACCAGAAGUACGACAGGUGCGACGGCGGCGGCAGCGCCGUCACCGCCUCCGCCGCCAGCAUCGCCACCCGUACAACCCGCGGCCUCGCCGCCGCCGCCAGCAGCGCCGCAGCCGUACGGCGGAGGUUACGUCCAGCCGCCGCCGCCACCGCCUCCGCCAGCGUCGCCAUCCUUGCUAGCGCCGCCGCCGCCACAGCAGCAACCAGACAUCACAGUAGCAUCCAGCAGUACGGCGAUGGCGGCAGUUAACGAAAACCGCCGUACGGUGGACCUCGCGCAGUACAUGCCGUCGUACCAGUUGGAGACGGAGGGCUACGCUUUCGCCGCGUCAACAGCUGCCGCCGCCACCGCGGCCGACAGCGGCAGUGCGACCUUCGGCGGCGGCAGUGCGACGUUUGUGGUACCGCAGGGACCCCCCCCGACGUCGGUGGAAGCUUCAGCCCUUGGAGUCCCGUCUGGUUCGGUGUCUUUCGACUUGCUAGGUGACGUCGCCCCGGCACCGCUUCCACCGGCCCCGCCGCCGCCGCCACCGCCGCCGGCUGCUGUUGCUGCUGUCGCUCCUGCCGUUGCAGAGGCGGCGGCGGCCCCAACCAUGGCGGCCCCAGCCGAGGCAGCGCCUGCUGAGAGCCCUGCUGCGGAGCCCCACGCAGGGACGUCCGUGUCUGCCACCCUCACCGCUGCGCCGUUCGAAUUCCCCAGCAGCGAGCAGCAGCGGCAGCUUGUGUCGGACGUUUCCCAGGCCGGCGCCCCUGCCGCCGUCAGCCCUGGCGUAGAGCCCAGCGGAGGUGUCGACACCAGGGGCAAGGAGCCUCCGGCGCCGACGCAGGUGCUGGCGCCGGCGACGGAAUCCGGCAGGGAACGUUCGGAGCUGGACUUGUUGUCUUUUGCGGAUUCAGAGGUCGCCCGAGAGGUGGAUGGUGCACAGGGGUCUGGAGCACAAAAGUCUGGGGUACAGGAAGUCGCAGCCGCCGCCAGCCCUGGCGGAACAGAUUCGAACGCCUUGGCACCGCCGCCGCCGCAACCAAUGGAGGAACAGCAGCAGCCGCAGCAGCAGCCGCAGCAGCAGGAGGAGGAGGCGGCUCUCAUCACCAGCAGCACAGCGCCCGCGGCGACUGCAGCGGGGUCAGCAGCGGCUCCGCCACCGCCGCCGCCACCGCCACCGCCGCCACCGCCACCACCACCGGCUGCGGAGGCGAAGGUCCAGUCGGUUUCCUCCAUGUCCGCGUUCUUCAAUCAGCUCACCGCCGCCGCUGCGGCCGUCGCCGCCGCCGCCGCCAGCCCCAUCGUGGCGACCGCCAAUGCGGCGGCGGCCGUGAACCCACUGGCGAGCCGCCAACAGGAGCCCGCAGUAGCAGCAGCAGCGCUGCCGCCGCCGCCACCGCAGCCAGCGGCGGCGGCCGACGUCUUGAAGGUGGAUGAGGCGCCGGCGGGAACGAGUGAGCCGGCGUCUGCAGCUUCCCCGCCUGCGGACGAAGCGGCCUCCGCCGAAGCCGCUACGACACCCUCAAACGUGACGGAGCUUGUUGCUGCUGCUGCGCCGCCGCCGCCGCUCGCCGAAGCGGAUGCAACGGCGGCCGACACGCCGACCCCCUCCGCUCAAGCCGACGAGCAGCAGCAGCAGCAGCAGCAACAGCCAGCCGCUGUUACAGAGGAGGUAGGACAAGAGCCGGCGGCGGUGUUAGCAGGCUUACCCACCGACCUCACAUCGCCGCCGCCGACACCGCCCACACCGACGCCGGCUGGCAUCACUGCAAGCGAUAACUCGCAGGAGGGUGUGGGCGCAAUCGACAGCGUGGCCGCUGUUGAGGAGGCGGUGGUAGGAGCGCAAUUGCAACCGGAGUCAGAGGAGGAGCGACAGGCGCGUGUAGAUGCGUUGCUGCAGCAGCUGCUGGGAGCGGCAGGCGGCGGCGGCGGUGCUGACGGCGGUGGUGAUGGCGUAGGUGUGGGUGGCGUUACAGGUGGCGGGGGCGACGCCUUAGAGCAGGAAGACGUUGGGCAGGAGGCGUCGGUGGCGGCGGCGUUGGCAUUGUACGGAGCUACGAGCGACGGUGGCGGAGGCGACGGCGGGGGCACGGAGGGCUCGGCGGCAAUGCAGCUGAAGCCUGACGCAGCGGCCAAUGAACAGGCGGUGCCGGCAGCGGAAGCUGACGUGGCAAACGAGGCUGCUAGUAUUGAGCAGCAUGUUGAGCAGCAUGCGGCUAGCGGUGGCGAGGCGGCGACGGGGCCUAUCGAGGCUGCAAGAGAGGGGCAAGCGGUCGAGGAGGAGGAGCAGUCGCUGUUGUUCGAGGGCCUGUCCGUGCAUUCAUAAGACCGCAUUCAUGUGGAUGCGUUAGAACUGGAACAUGCAAGGGGUGAAACGAUAAGUUAUGCAGCAGGGGCGGGCAGCAGUAGAGCAAGUCGGGUGCCGGUUAUACCUGGGGGAAACUCGCAUUGGCAUUCGGAGGGUGUUGAGAACGCAGCUACAGAGAUACAGAUUACCAGUAUGAGGCCAUGUAGGGCCAAAGGCUGGGGACUAGCGGUUUUGGAGACUCGCUGUCGGUUGCCAGUUAGCUUAAUCCCUGGGAAGGUGUCUUCUCCAUGUAAAGAAGCCCACAA